AUGUACCUGAAGGAGAGCGAUAUCCUGGAGCCGCCAGAAGGAGGCUGGCCAUCGGUUACCCCUAGUGCCAUACAACAGUUGGGCAAGACGAACGAAGUCGCGGCGCUGCUGCGGCAUCUUCCCUAUAUACGCAAUCUAGGAAACGGCAAACCCCUGACCUUCCCAUGCAGUCAAUUUGAAAAUUGGGAGGAGUCCUGUAUGUCCAUAAACCAGGGCAGGUUGGAGCUCGAGGGCAUUAAAGAGUGCUCAGAGGGCCAUGGCGCGAAUGAUGUGCCGCCUCAUGUUAUCGGCCUCACAAGUGGUGGGCGGAUUAAUUACCCUCUUCUACUCGACACAGAGCUUGGUGUUAUUUACUGGCCAGAGUGUCCCGGAGAUAUCCAGCUUGACUCCAACGCACCCUGUGAGCGAGUCUGGGACGACCCGUACGAGUACGCUUCGAUGAGUGAGGCAGAGUGGCGCGCCGAGGGUGCAUACUGGUCCAUCCCAGACUUCUUUGAGAUUAUCAAGGACCAGUUUCGCCGUCUGCUCUUUAUCCCCAUUAGUACGGGCACUGUUAUUGAUGUCUAUAAUUACCGCGAUUCGCCUCAGUUUAUCCAGUUUUUGCAGGAGAUAUAUCGAGAGCAUGGCUGGCCUGACCUUGAAAAAUACAACAAGCUAGAAUGUCUCAAAGAUAUACAAAAGCGGCUGACGGAGAAAUAUCCCGAGAAGGUUGACUAUGAUGAAGCCCUGAAUGAAUAG